GAAGAAGUGCAGAAACUUCUUUCUCUGGAUUCGCUGCCUGUCUUCUCCAAGCUACUGGUGGGUUCCGCACCAGAUCUGACCUCUGAGCACCGUUCAACCCCAGCAGAGCUGUUCUUACAGGAUUCCUUUAGGAGCAGAUUCAGGAUGAGUAUCCAGAGACCCCUGAGACUCCUGAACCUGGCAGGAAAGAGCCUACUAACCAAUGAGGCCUUGACCAUUUCCACUCUGGAGCAUCUGCCCAUCGAGCUCUUCCCCCCACUCUUCAUGGAAGCGUUCUGUGGAAGACACAGAAAGACCUUAAAGGCCUUGGUGCAAGCCUGGCCCUUUGUCCGCCUGCCUCUGGGGGGCCUGAUGCAAAUGCCUCAUCUGCUAACGUUACAAGCAGUGCUCGAUGGACUUGAUGUCCUGCUCACACAGAAGGAUCGUCCAAGGAGGUGCAAACUGCGUGUGCUGGAUUUAAGGAAUACUGGCCAGGACUUCUGGAGAAGGUGGUCUGGAUCAAGCGUCCAUGUGUCCUCAAGCUUUUCAAUGGCACCAGGGGCUGAGGACAGGCCGGGGACCGAGCAGCCCUUGGCUCCCUUCAAGGUGUUCAUAGAACUUCACCUCAAGGAAAGGAGCAUGGAUGGAUUUCUCACCUGCCUUAUGAGAUGGGUGGAGCAGAGGAAAGCGUCCAUACACCUGUGCUGUAAGAAGCUGAGGAUUAUUUCAUUUUCCAUGGAUAAAAUUAUGAAGGUUCUGAGCAUAGUGCAGCUGGACUGUAUCCAGGAGGUAUACUUGGAUCGCACCUGGCAUCUGUCCACCCUGGCCACAUUUGCUCCUCUCCUGGGCCAGAUGAGCAAUUUGCAGAAACUCCUCAUCUCCCACAUCCACAUGCCUGAUCCUGAGGAGCAGGAGGAAGAACACGUUGUCAAAAUUACUUCUCAGUUCCUAAGGCUGCACCACUUCCGUGAUCUCCAUCUGGAAUCCCCCUUCUACCUUGAAGGCUGCCUGGACCAGAUGCUUAGGUGCCUGAUGACCCCCUUGGACAACCUUGGGAUUACUCGCUGCCUGCUUACAAAUUCAGACCUGACCCAUCUGUCUCAGAGUCCAAACAUCUGUCAGCUAAAGGGCCUGGAUCUGAGUGGGGUCACCAUGACCUACUCUAGUCCUGAGCUCCUCCCAGCUCUGCUGGAGAAAGUUUCAGCCACCCUCCAGGAGCUGUACUUAGAGCAAUGUGGUAUCAGGGACUCCCACUUGGAAUCCAUUCUGCAUAUCUUGAGCCACUGUUUCCAGCUCAUGUCCUUCAGUCUCCGUGGGAACCUCCUCUCCAUGGCCAUCCUGGAAAAGCUGCUGCGACACACCUCUGGGCUGCCCAGGUUAAGUCAAGAGCUGUACCCUGUCCCUCAGGAAGGUUUCAGCUCUGAUGGGAUCCUCCAAACCAGGAGACUUUCCCAGUGUCAGGCUGAACUGGUUGAGAUCCUGGAGGACUUGGGACAUCCCAGGACCAUCUGCAUUAGCUUCAUGCCCCUGUCCACCCUGUGGAGAUAACACAUUCUAUUGUCCUGAGCCCAUCAUAUACGGUGAUGACACCCUUGCUUAGUCCGUAGCAUCAAUGGAAGGCUUUCUUCUGAGCACUUGAAAACUGAAAUCUAGGACAAGAAACAUCAUGAAAGGGAAAUAAGCCAUGGUUUCAGGCAUCUGCUCAAUGUGAAUGUGAAAAGGAAAGGUGAUCUGCAGGGAAGCAGGAUUGCCUAGGGAAAUACUGUCUCUUGGGAUAGAAAUGCUUGUAGAGUCAGAACUAAGAAACUACAUUUCUUUAGGUGGAUUUGAGCUUGAGACUCACAUGUUGGAGUAAUCCCUGGGUAGAUGGCUGUAAAGAAAUGGUCGGAAAUAAAGAGUCCCUCAUUGUAAACGGA